AUGUCUUCUUUCAGUCGCCUUCUCUAUCGGAGAUUCUGUACUUCACCUACCAUUACUAGCCCUUCUGCAUCUUCUUCUUCGCCUUCUCUCAACACCCUCCUUCAAGGCAUCGUCAAGGAACGGAGUUUCAAAAAACUUGUCGAGAAGUUCAAAAAAUGCUCCGAAGAACACCGAUUCCGCUGCAGGCCUCGCUUCUACGAGAUCACUGUUCGUCGACUUGCCGAUGCGAAAAAGUUCCACUACAUCGAAGAGAUCCUCGAAGAACAGAAGAAGUACAAUGACAUCUCUAAAGAAGGCUUCGCUGUUCGUCUCAUCUCUUUAUAUGGGAAAUCAGGUAUGUUUGAUCAUGCCUCCAAGACGUUCGAUCAAAUGCCUGAACUGAAAUGCCCACGUACUGUUAUGUCUUUCAAUGCCCUUCUCACUGCUUGCGUCGAUUCCAAGAACUUCUUGAAGGCCGAUAGGUAUUUUCGUGUGCUUCCGCCGAGCUUGUCUGUUAUCCCAAAUCGUUUCACUUACAAUAUCAUGAUCCGUGCUUUCUGUGAGAUGGGUCAGUUCGAUUUUGCGAUUAGAAUGCUAGAUGAGAUGGAGAGGAACGAGGUGGAGCCAGAUAUGAUUACUUUUAAUACGCUCUUGAAAGCGUUAUAUGAACAUGAUAGAUUUUCUGAUGGAGAGAAGAUUUGGGCUAAAAUGGAGAACACCAAUUGCACUCCUGAUAAUAGAAGUUUUAAUGCGAAGUUGGAGGGACUGGUUCGUGGAGGAAAGACACAGGAGGCGGUUGAGCUAGUUAAGGAAUUAAGGACCAGGGGAUUGAAACCUGAUAUUUUUAGUUUUAAUUCUUUGAUUAAAGGCUUUUGCAAUGAGGGAAAUAUAGAAGAUGCUAUGAGGAUUUAUGAUGAUUUAGCCAAAGAAGACUGCGUCUCAAAUCGAAUGACCAUUCAGACAAUCGUACCUUGCCUUUGUAAGAAGGGGGAUUUUGAUCUGGCUUUUAAACUUUGCCAGGAUAGUCUCAACCGUCAUUGCUUGCUGGAUGCAGGGCUCUUGCAAGUUGUAGUGGAUGGAUUGGUCAAGGAGUCAAAGCUUGACGAAGCAAAAGAGUUGGUGAAUCUUGGGAGGGAUAGAAAAUACAGCCGCUCUUUCUUGAAACUCCCUACUGGUGCAGAAGAUGCGAAAUGA